GGUGUCUUCCAUUCUCUCUCCCCCAUUUUUUCUUCAUCUCCCAAUCCCAAAAAUCUCCUACAAAGAACUAAAAGAUCACCAACAAGCACAAGAGCAUAUCAAACAAUGUUCACCAGUGAAAAACAUCACCGGAAGUCUUCCUUCCAAUUGAUCAAGCAAGACGACAAGUUCUUCUCCAAGCUCCUCUCCAAGGAACUUAAUAAUACCGACGACUCCUUCAGGGUCGACAAUGAUGGCCUCUCCGGCGGCUCAGUCCCGUUCUUCUGGGAGUCCCGGCCUGGAACCCCAAAGCACCGGUUUGAUGAAACUUCCAUCCCGCCCCUCACCCCCCCUCCCUCCUACUUCCUCAAGGCGAGCUGCGGUAAGAAAUGGUCACCGAGCCCCGCCAAGAAGCUGCUGAGCUCCAAGUCCAACUUCUUGCGAAUUCUCUUCCUCAAGGGACGCGGGAAGAAGUCUUCUAGCCCGGAUAUGCCACCAAGGUCACUGCCGAUCCUGCCUGAUGACGACGAGGAUGAUGCAACGGUGUUCCCCCCGCUUUCUAGUGCCGCUCGUACUACUUCAGGAAUGAAGCUUUAUGGGCAGCGGAGGUCACUAGCCAGGGAUCUUCAUCGUCCUUGUCUGACUCGAGCAUGAACGACGGGGAUCCCAGCUUUGAUGGAUCGCCUACUUCAACACUGUACCCCUGGGCCAUGACAUUUGGUGGCGCCACACCGCAUCGUGGGCCAGUGUGGCCCCCGCUAUGCAGGUAGACCAGCUGCAGGGACGAUCCGUUUCGACAUGAGGAAUAAGUUAUAUGCUGUCCAGAUACGUAUAUGUUUGUGCUGUACGCGAUACAUUUCCUUUUUUUUUUCCCGAGUUUAUGGAGAACUAAUUCGAAGCUGCGGGUGGUCCUGCAUCAACCCGAUGCCUUAUUAUCUAAUCGAUAAUGUAAAUAACUGAAGAAAAUUGCCUGGUGGAGUUCGCUUUCAUUAAUUAUCAGUUGUUAUAAUCCCA